AUGAAGAGAUCAUUGAUAUCCUCACAUCAGAUAAUCAGAACAUUCGCUUCUUCCCCUUCUCCUCACAGCGGCCACAACAAGUGGUCGAAGAUUAGACACCACAAAGGGGCUGCUGAUAAAGUUCGUUCAAAGAUAUUCGCAAAGAUGGCUUUGGAUAUCUCAGCCGCUGUUAAAGCAGGUGGUGGUGCUACAGAUCCAGCACUCAACGCAAAGCUAUCCAACACUCUCCUCAAAGCAAAGAGCUUGUCAGUCCCCAAGGAUAACAUUGAAGCUGCUAUUAAGAGGGGUGAUUCCGGUGCUGUCGAUAGAGGUCACAGCGUCACAUACGAAGCUCUACUCGGUGAGAUAGGUCUGGUGAUCGAAUGCCGCACUUCAAACCCUACACGCUGCAUUCACUCGGUCAAAUCUAUUCUCAACAAAGUCGGCGGUAGUUUGGCUACUUCUGGCUAUCUUUUUAAGCGUAAAGGCGUUGUUUUGGUGGUUUUAGACAACUUAAACCCCUUUGAUAAGCUCUUUGAAGACUCUUUGGAAGCUGGUGGUGAGGAUAUCUUACAAAUAUCCUCGAAUUUAGUUGAGAUCAUCACACAUCCUACUCAACUCACUACCGUCGCUCAUUUUCUACAAGAAAAGGGUCACUCCCUCUCCUCUUACGAUCUCGCUUACCUUCCCGCUUCGGGUGAGCGGGUUGAGAUUGAUGAGCAAUUAAGAGAAAAACUCAGCCAUCUGAUAGAGACCCUUGAACAGGAUGCAGAUGCUGUUGAAGUAUACACAAACUCUGUAUUAUAG